GUUGCUGAAGUAUCGAACCGUGAUCCGAAGGAGUACCUACCUCUACUCAAUGAACUUCGGAAGGUAGAACCUGAGAAUUAUCGGAAGUAUCGAAUAGAUCUGUUCCGGUCAGACUGGAAGUCGGCCCUGAUGCACUUGUCCUACAUUGACGACAAGUGGGACGAAGCUGUGGAAUUUAUCCGUGAGAAAAAUCUAUAUUCAACUGCUAUGAUUUUUUACAAGGAAUCAUCAAAAUAUAAGGAUUUGUGCUCACUCUAUGCUGCAGUAAUGGAAUCGAAGGCUCAGUGGAAUGAAGCAGUGCUUUUGCAUGAGAAGGCUGGGGACUAUGAAAAGGCUAGUUGUUUUCUGUAA